GCGCACGUAUCGUUCCGUCUUUUCUUUGCGGAAGUCCACUUUACCGAUCGAGGGUCAACGGGCGAACCUGUCUGUCGAAAGUUUACGCCAAGAGCUUGGUUCCGCGGGCGCGAAACCUUCCCUAUUGGAGGCCCGACACAUUCGUAGGUGCACGGGAGUUGGCUAUCGAUCCUUGCUGUUCCGAUUUCCUGCAUGUUCAUUGGCGCCUCGGUUGCUAACAGUGCGUCGUAUGGUACAGUGCGGGCUCCGUUCGAUCAGUGGUGUGGCCUUUCUGUUACGCUCAAGGUAUACAUAUUUGUGCAAUUAUUCCGAUUCCCGCGGGGUGAUUUCUUCCCAUCGUCUGGCCGAACGAAACUGCACGCCGUCGACUUUCGUCACUGAACGCAUCCGUGGCCGACAAUGGAUACCCGAGGAGAGAUCGCGUCCGUGUUCUUCUGAUGAUCUUCGUUCUCCCAUGGGCAGACACUACGAUCCAUCGACCGGCAGCAGAACCACUAGGAAAGACCGAGGAAGCCUAUCAUGGAAUUCUACGACGUGGGAACCAGCGACCUUAGGGAAUUGUGGGAGUCUUACCUCUCCGAGUCGGCACUCGGGCAAGAUGUUUUAAUGGGGACCAAGGAGGAGGAAUGGGGCAACGUACUCUGUGUGCGAGACAAAUCCUCGCUGGGUGUGGUGCUGAGGGAUCGUCUGAUGACGGACGCGGCUCUCGGAGGACCUCGACCGAUAAAAUCGGAACACAGUUACAGUCUUCUCACGUCCAGCCCUCCACCGAGUCCGGCGACACCCGGCGCCAACCCCCACACGCCUAAUUCUGGAUCGUCCGCCGACACAGUUGGCACAUCCCUUUCUAAUAACAGUUCCUCCAUCAACUCCAACAACAUGGAUCACCAUAAAUCGUUGGAUAUUCGCAGUAGAAUCGACGACAUGGAAGAGGAGUGUUUCCCGGCAAUUUCGAUGAAUACCGCCUCGGGACGCGGUGGAUUGUCGUCGUCGCCGUCGUCGUCCCUAUCGCCGUCGUCUACCUCAACCAUUAUUCUAAAGAGAACCAACGACCUAGUACCUGAAGAUAUGGAAUGCGCCGAGAUCAAAGGCGAACCGCUCAGCGCGCCCAGUAGUCCCUCGGAAUCCUGUCAAACGACGAUAGUCGACGACAAGAGCACGAUAACCAUGGUGUUCCCUCAGAGCCUUCAUUUCUCUAAGAAUCACCUGUCGCAGACCAGCGACAGCGAGGAGGACGACGAGGAAUAUUACCAGAGUAUGGAGGUGGAGGAGUAUAACAGAGUGGCCUGCGUCGGGAAGGAGACGAAUUCGCGUACAUCGAGGCAAGGUUUACCGCCAACGCCACCCAGCAGCGCGAGCUCCGACAGCGAGGGCACUGCUUCCGCUUCCUGCUCGCCAGAACGUCGAGAUUCCCAGAGCUCCACGCACGCACAGAAUCUCAGAGGCCUGCUGACGCCCAGGCUGUACGUGACGAACGGCACGCACACCACCAGACAGCCGAUCCACACGCCCUUGAUUUCCUGCCAACCGAAGGGAUCGACCGGAGUUCUCACGCUGACCGAGGAGGAGAAGAGGACUCUGAUUGCCGAGGGGUAUCCCGUGCCCACGAAACUGCCGCUGACCAAGCAGGAGGAGAAGUCGUUGAAGAAGGUCCGCAGGAAAAUUAAGAACAAGAUAUCCGCGCAAGAGUCGCGGCGAAAGAAAAAGGAGUACAUGGACGGGUUGGAGAGACGGGUCACCCUCCUGACGAAUGAGAAUUCCUCGUACAGGGACAGACUGACCGUACUGGAGGAUCGGAAUCGCGAGCUAUUGAAGGAGCUACAACAAUUGCAAACGAUGCUGCAACUGCAGAACUCCUAGAUCUUAAUUCCGUGCGAUCGAAUGUUUUCGUACGAAUCGAAGACUUCGCAAUCCAAGACUACGGGAAAGACGCCUGGUCGUUCCGGGGGUUCACCAGUUUCGCGAUCGACGCGAAGACCAGGGAACGGUUUCCCGACAGAGUCUGUUAACAGUGUUGCCCGAUCGUUGAACAGUCCUUUCUCGUUUCCCUCAGUGCAAUCCGUCUGGCAGGUGCUCGAAAGAAAGUCGUCGAUUCUUCGUCGAGCCUCGUUCAAUUUUUUUUCUUCUUUUUCUCUAAGUCAGAAACGAAAGUUAGAAGGGUAGCCUGAUUCCAGGGAACUCGUGCAAUUCCUUUACAUUCCUGUGAAGUCUUCCUUGCGUAGAGGCGGAUCGAGUAAGUAUUUUUGAGCAAGACCGCUGUUUAACGACCAAUUUUACCUAAGAUUAGACGCGGAUUCGUUGGGCCGUGUCGUCUUCCCCGUUCCGCUGCAACGAAAUCGAAGAAGUUCGAUGGAAUUUAGCCGGGAGUGCCUUCAUUCGCUUGUUUUGAUGUACCUUCCUUCAAGCGGCGACUAGGGGAAUGUUAGAUUCUUUUUUCUUUUUUUUUUGACACAUUUUGUUACGGCGCGCAGCUUGCCGUGAAUUUAGAAAACUGCAAAAUUGCUUCUUAAAAGUACAAGACCCUCACCCGAUCUGCAAUUGGGACGGAAUCAAUUCCACUUCCCCACGUUCACGACACGCCCACUGGUGUGGGGGAAAGCUCGGUGGAUUUAGUCGCGAUCGGAAUUUCUAUCGUAUCUGUUCGGAUUUGAUAUUAUUGGUUGAUCCAAGACGAAUUGAUCGAAGCAGCUGCAGCCAAAACACACGUGAAUAUUCGCGGAAAUAAUUUACACACGAAGUUCGAUAAGCGGAAUAGAUUAAUCUGCGACGCACGAAGAGACGUGACGUUUGAUUUCGAUUAAAAUUAGUAAGGAAUCUAGUGAUAAGCACGAGAGAGUUCAUAUUAACUAAUUAAAGUAUUUAAUGGUGUUAUCGUGCAUUUUCCGAGCCGAUAUUUCGUCCAAAAGUCAGUGUAGUUGCGUGGAUGUCCAUGGUAGCGUGUAACGACGUGUAAACGUAAAAUGUGACGCACGAACUUCGAAACGAAGAGUCGCGUCAUCAUGUUAUAUAGAAUGAAUUUGAAAAUCGUACGUGUCUAUUUUCACAUGAGAGAAAUAUCGUAUGUAGUAAUUUACUUGUUAGUUUAGACAUAAUUCACUUUAAACACAAAUUUGUAUAUUGUAUUUUGAAAACAAAUGCGCGUCGGAGGGACAGUUCGUUCAAGAUUUUUAACGACAAUGUGCAAUGACGACUACUUCGAACAUCUUCCUUUUUUUUUUUAAAUAAAUGAACGCGCCACAGAACGUAGGAAUAAGAGUUUCUAGGAUUACGAUGGUAUAAUGAAGGGCGAAGCGUGACUCUUCGUCACAAAAUAUGUCGGAAAUGCGUAAUGAAAUUUUUUCGAACGAGCCUUCGUUUUUGCUAAAAACGAGUUUAAAUACUGCUGCGUGCGAUAAGUGGUGCUAGUACGCGCGACAAUCACUGAGGCGCUUGCAUCGCCCGCACGAUGCAACAGUAUUCGAAGUCAAAUUUCUCGAAAACUAAACGUCGUAGGAAAAAAAUUCAUCGGCCAUUUUCGACUGAUUUUUGGACAAAGAAUCGUUUUCUGCUCUUUUGUGCCGCCAAUAUGGCCACGGUCUGUUCUACGCUGGAGUUUGUCGGCCCCAGCGAACGAACGAUCGUCUUCUUACCUUCUCGUGGCUCGUAGGUACAAAUAUCAUCGAUUACCGUCACAAUUAGAGUUAAAAGCAUCGACGUAUAUAUUGACAGCAACGCCAAUGCUGCCAUUAGAUAGUUGAAAUCGUUGAAAGUGUCUUCACCGCGUGAAUUUUACUGUUGGGUCGUAUUUUACGAUAAGAAGUGUUUUAACGAACGCAAAACGUUUCGAACCGAUACGACGGGGUAACAUAACUGCGAAUUUUAACGCGCUCGUGUCGAUCGAGAUAGAAAUAUAGCGAGGCUUUGUAGUAAAAAAUAUUCUACAACAACCUGAAAGCAAUUCAGGUUUAAUAAUUUUUACAAACAUUUCUCGAAUCUUCUUUUAUAAAAUCUAUAUGUUAAAAGGACCAGUGGAAUUUGAAAAUGAAUUAAAACUUGCAGGUUAAGGGGACCUCGAGGACCCACAUUGACAUUUAAGUUUUUUUUAAAAGUCAAAGAGUGUAGUGACAUUUUAUUCGCGAGGAUAAUAGAUCGGGAGAGUCUAUACUAAUUUAUAUUGUCACGUGAUCGAUACGGCGCGCGUUGAAGUCGUACAGAAACGGUAAAAUUUUGCGAGAAUCGCAGGGACCAUAGGCGCGAAUGGUAUUUUUUUCUCGCACGAUGGCGUCACGAAUCGGUCACGUGACGCGCGGAAAACUUUCCUUCCGGAAUUGAUGGACGAUCCCGCGGCGGCUGGAAGCGUUUGCAAUUGAAUUUCCGCGCGCAGUUCAAUCGAGUUAUCGAGUUUAUCGGCGAGCGCCGUGCACAGGGUCAAUAAAGGUGCGAACCAGCACUAGCUAAUCUGGAACUUGAAACGGUUUGCGAGUUGAAGUGUGAAACAGUUUGGACGAAGAGCGUAGACUGAUUCUCGUCGACGAUCGAUCGACUCGAAAAAUAAUUCAUGUUUUAGACAUUUAUUUAACCGUAACAAAAGCGUAGAGGGAUGCAUAUGGACGAAGAUGGUUUUUGUUUCAAAUCGAUACGAUAAUUCGUUCCCGAGAUAUGGCGGUUUAAAGGAAUUCAAAAGGAACGAAUGGAUGGUGCAAAAAUUGAUGUCACACUGUGUUCUUAGCGGGAGAGAAAAAAAUGCACGCCCGUGGGCACCGUAUUGGCGCAGCAGAAGAAGAAGACGCGCAAAAAAUGCUCGCUCGUGCGUCCUGCAAUUACUUUUGCUUCUACCGAGCACACACGUUCGAAGAAUGUGUGCAACACGCGUUUAAAGCGAAGCUACUCGAGUGCCUGGCUGGGCUCCGCUUUGAAGAGGAUAUUUUCUUCCACGCAUUUGCGUCAGAGGAAAUUUUAAAUAACGAAUGAAAGAUAAGCCAUCGUUCAUUCUCAGAUAGGAAUAAACGUUUGAGUUACAAAGAGUGAACUGUUACGAGCCGUUUUCUCGGGAACCAUUGGCGAUGUCAGAAUUAAAUUGCUUUUAUUAUAAAAUUUUUAUUUUUAAUGCAUCAAUGGAUGCAGAUUUUAAUUUCCUAUAAAAAACUGUUAAGCUAUUCACAUCGAAAAGUCAUUAGUUUAGAAGAUAUUUUAAUCUCAAUAUCGUAGAGUGCCCUCGAACCUGGGUGGCGCUUUACAGUACUCAGUUUAAAAUAUCUCCUAAACUAAUGAAUUUCGUCGCGAAUAGCUUAACACUUUUUCGUAAGAAAUUAAAAUCUGCAUUCAUUGGCGCAUUAAAAAUUAUAUGAUUUCAUUUAAAAAAAAUAUGUCACCUUUGUGUGAACUUUUCUAAAUUCAUCGCUGAUUAAGGCCACAGAGAAUUUGAUCCGCCGCGUUGAAGCAUUUUCCCCGCGUUCGUAUAAUUUCAACCAAUACGCUGAUCCCGGAAAUCCGUUCUAAGUCGACUUCGUCCAAACUACUUUCCGCGCAACAAACAUUUGUACGAAGAAGCCUCGUACCUUCGUCGUUAGAUAAGAAUCGUUCGCGUAUGCCUGGCCGCGAAAAGGGAUCGUGUUUUGUGUACAAAAUGCCAAUUUACGCAAGUUUACCGAGAACAGAGAGAGUUUAAUAUAUUCUAUAAAUAAAGCUUUAUAUAAAUGGUUAUAUAUAUAUACACUAUAUAUAUGUAUACAUAAGAUGUUUCUAUAUAAACAGAUAAUAUAUGUAUACACUGGAGAAGCGUACCACAUACACAUACACGCUCGACACGAUGAGAGAAAGUUUGAUGCGUGCGUGUGCGUCCACGGAACCGUGUGUUGUUUCAUCGCGGUUGAUUAUUCGUUAUCGCGAAAAAUGAUCAUUCGUGACCCGUUCACUGCAUAUGUAUUGCAUGUAUAAUUGUUCCCGCGGUGACUUUUAUGUGCAUCGGUAUACGUGUUUGUAGUUGCGACGGUUCGUCCUAUUAUCUGUACGCGAAGGUGUCCUACGCCAUUGGACAACGUGCUGAAGCCACGUGGUCGGCCACGCAUGUGCUUCGACUUCAAACGUUUGUACGACGAGGAAUA